AUGGCAAAGGAAGGAACCAUCAACAUCAUUGAACAAGCAAAAGAUUACUUAGAUCACCUCAAGCAUAUAAAGCCACAAUACGAGACGUGGACUGCGAGCAAGAUUACGGUUGUGAAGGUCACUGGUCCAAUCGAAACCGAUAACUUCCCAAAUGCAAAGCUUAAGGUUGCGAGAGGUUCAUUCAGUCAGGUCUACGAAUUCAUCCUCGCUAAUUUGCCAUGCCUUAACCCGUAUGAUUGGAUCGUACUAUACAACUUUUUGCUGAGAUAUGGACAGAAGUAUGAGCCCGUUAUUGCUCACCUCAAGCAGAUGAUAAUUUCAUACAUUUAUGAGGUUGGACAAAUGGAUGCUGAAAUUGUUGUAGUGCUGAUAAGGAAGCCAAGUGUACUCCCCAAAGAUAACCCUGAUGGUUUUGACAAGAUGAAACUUGGGAAGAUACAAAAGAACAGAUGGUGUGUGGCUUUUCAAUUGAAGGGGUGA